AUGGACCCCUCUGCGUCAUCGUCCUCUUCGCAUCAAGAGGCUGACAGCCUCAAGACCCCGCAGAUGGAUCAAUCCGAAUGGUCUUCUUCCUCUGCAUUUGCGACCCCAACCUCGAGCACGUCAUCACUCAAAACAUUCCCACGACGCCUGAGUCUGCUUCAGAACGAUACCUCCGCCUCGCCUGUCCGCACCACCAGCAGCGAUGAUUCGACACGCAGGACCUCGUUCACUGGUCCAAAACCGCUCAAUCUCGCAUCUCAACCGGUCUCUUCCGCUGGCUCUACUGAAACACCCAAGCAAUCCAAAAGAUCGAGCAUAUCAUACAUCCCUUCGCCGUCGACUAGCGUCCGAACGGACGAUGGAGGGCUCAGCAGAGCUCUUUCCACUUCGUCGGCAUCCGGCAGGACACGCACCGGUUCCAUCAGCAGAGCAACAGCCGCCGCUGGCAGCAGUGCUGCUGCCGCUCGUCGCAGACCAUCCCAGGCAUCUCAGACGAACAGCGAUGCAGACGAUUGGCUAAUGAACGACCAUGACGCUUCGUCCUCGGCAGCAGCAAGAUCCAUGGCCGAACGCGAUUCAGCCAAAGUAGAGGCCUUGUUCAACGACGUACGUAUCCCCGGCGAUUCCCAGUCGCUGACCGGCUAUCGAGAGGGCAUCACGGCAGGCAAGCUCAGCUCGCUCCAAUCCGGGUUCGAUCAGGGGUUCAACGAGGUAGGUGCUACUCUCGGUCGCCAAGUCGGCGUCUUGCGCGGUCAAGUCGCUGCGCUUCUCCUCCUCACCUCAUCCUCCUCUCUCCCCACCUCCACUUCCGUUUCAUCCAAUGCUGCUGCUGGUGCCGGUCGCAAAGUUCUCACACGAACUCGUGGGUUUAACAGUGGCCCCACCGCUGCCGCUGCCGCCGGUGCGAGACACGACCGACCAUCGGAGCUCGAGACCCAGAACAGCCAGCGCGUCACUUCCCGCCGCACACUCAGCCUCAGUUCAGACGAGUCAUCCACCUCGCGCGACCUCUUACAUCUUAUCGCCGAAAAGGAACGCCGAUGCUUCGAGCUGCGCGAAGAACUCUCGGCCGAAGAAGCCCAACUGAAACAGCUCCGAUCCACAUGGCAACGAAUGGCGACUAAAGAGCUCGCCUACUCCACCUCCUCGCCCACCGCAACCUUGGGGGCAUCGCAUCGACGCGACGGUAGUACCACGUCCAGCACAAGCGAUGUCGCUACAGAUGCUUGGAACAGCUUUUCCUCGAAAUUGCCCGGAAGCUUCAAGACGCAGCUCAACAAUCUCAACACUCUACUUGAGAGCAUCGCCAACCCGGAAGGCGCGGCGCCGGAGCCGAUCGAGAAGCAGUCUCCGUUGCAGAAUAAAAGUCUGCCGCUUCCUGGUGGUAGCGAGACGGGCAUGCUUCGACCGACGGGUGGGGGUUUGGGCGUGUUGGAAGAGGAAGGGUCGGAUGUGGGCAGCGUGGUGUCGCCUCGGUCGCCGAGAUCGCCUGCCAUCCUGCCGCAUUCGGACUCAAGUAGUGCGAACACGACGCUGGUAGCGCCUCGAUCGGGGAGCGAGCUGGCGGCGGUGGCGAAGCAGGAUAGUCAGGCGCUCGGGUUUUCGGUGGAUGCGAAUGGGAUCGCUCACCCGCAACUCGGCGCGAUUGCGGACCACGAUAAUGGCCCGCCCACACCGCCCAAGCCUCCCCUGGCUCGGAAUAACAGCGGUAGCAGUGGCGGUGCUUGGACGUCGCGCCGCACAUCCGUGCUAGGAUCGCUCAGCGGGCUGCAAUCGAAACUCGUGCCUCCCUCGACCUCCGACACUGCCGACCAGGAGGGAGGAGGCGGUGGGUUCGCAUCGAUGUUCGCGAAACGCUUCAAAGAAGCGCGCGACAAUGCAUCCGACAUGCUGCGCGAAGCCGAGCGCAAGCUGGGCAAUGCGAUGACGAUCGACGAUCUUUUGGGCACCAAAUCACCGCCGUCGCAGCCGCAGAUCACACUCGACGAAGCGUCGACCGAUACCAACCCCGUGCCUUCGCCGUGGUACGAAGCAGCCGGCGGACGCCGCUCUACGUCGGAGCGCAAUCUCUCGCCUUCCCUCGCUCCCGUUGACUCAGAGAGGAGGGGGAGUAUAUCGUCCGACCGCAGCUCGAGCAGUCUGAGCGCACCGGCGAGGGUCGGCAGCCCACAUGCGAGUCCUGUGAUCGGUGGCGCGCCGGGAGCAGCGGGCGUGUUCGGGAUGAUUUUGGGCAGCCAGACCGAGACGGGUGGCAGGCAGAGCGGCGAUAGUUGGGCGUGGAGUGGGAGGGAGGAUGAGGAUGAGGAUGGUUGGGAUGAGGAGGAGACUAAGAAAAAGUGA